CAGCCAUGGCUGCGUCCUUGUCAGUUUGUCGGACACUUUAUCGAACCAUUUCAACGGUUCUCCGGUCACCAAGAUUACAUCAGAGCUGCUUGAAUGAUGUGUGGAAUAUUAGUGGGAAAACCAGCCUUCACAGAACGUUCACGACACAAGAGGCAGCACUGUUUUCUAAUGAUGGACUGUUCAAACACGCACCUCUGGACGUUCUCUCUGAUGAUGAGCGAAUGAUGAAGGAAACUGUGGCGAGAUUAGCUUCUGAAAAGAUAGAGCCCCUUGUGGGGAAGAUGGAGAAGGAUGGCCAGUUUGACCCAGCGGUGGUUCAACUUCUGUUUGAAAAUGGGUUGUUUGGAGUUGAGAUUGAUGCGGAAUAUGGCGGCGCCCAUUCCUCGUUCAUGGUGUGUAACCUGGUGAUUGAAGAGCUCGCCAAGGUGGACCCGUCAAUUGCUGUUUGUGUGGACAUCCAAAACACACUCAACAAUGCUCUCAUUAUGCGACAUGGAACCCAGCAACAAAAGGAUAAAUAUCUCCCCAGACUGGCAACAGACACAAUCAGCUGUUUUUGCUUGUCGGAGCCCGAGUCUGGAUCCGAUGCAUUUGCUCUGAAGACGGCUGCAGUAAAAGAAGGAGACCAUUACAUUAUAAAUGGAAACAAGAUCUGGAUAUCUAACUCAGACUUGGCAAAUAUAUUUUUGGUGUUUGUCAAUGCUAAACCCACUGAAGGCUACAGAGGGAUCACUUGUUUUAUUCUUGAACGAGGCAUGGAGGGAUUCAGUAUUGGCAAGAAAGAAGAUAAACUCGGGCUACGAUCAUCGGGUACCUGUGCCCUACAUUUUGAUAAUGUGAAGGUUCCAGAGUCCAGUGUGCUUGGACAGGUGGGAGAGGGGUAUAAGCUGGCAAUAGGAAUUCUAAAUGAAGGCAGAAUUGGGAUUGGUGCUCAGAUGAUUGGUUUGGCUGAUGGAUGUUUACACCACGCAUUUGAAUAUAUUAAAGAAAGAAAACAAUUCAAUAAGAGAAUAUGGGAUUUCCAGGCAAUCCAACACCAGGUGGCAUACUUGGCCACACAGAUAGAGGCGUCUCGGUUAAUGGUCUACAACGCAGCGCGUCGCAAGGAAGCUGGUCUUCCGUGUGUUAAAGAAGCUUCCAUGGCUAAAUACAUGGCUUCAGAGGUUGCACAGGUGGUGACCUCUAAGUGUGUUGAGUUUCUCGGAGGUGUUGGUUUUACGAAAGACUAUCCCGUUGAAAAGUAUUAUAGAGAUUGUAAAAUAGGAACAAUUUAUGAAGGAACCAGCAACAUCCAACUGAACACAAUAGCUCGGUGCUUGGAACGCGAAAGUCUUCAUUGACAGUGACCUUGUCUUAGAGACAUUUACAAAGAUACUUUCAGUGAUAUAUAUUUUGAAGGGACUGUCCUGAAUUUGAUUUCUGACUAAUAAGGCCUUUUAUACGACUAAAAUUUCUCUUUAAAUACAGUUUCUUGUUUAGAACAUCAGUGUCUCUAUAUCCAGAGUAUUUCUGUAUGUUCUAUUGUUUGUAGUAGCUUAAACAUUAUUUUAUAUCCUACUAUAUAUAUGUUUUGUUUUGUUCAUACAUACGGAAUUAUUGGAAGAAGAAAUCUAAUUCAGACUUUUACAGACAUUAUGACAACCAGAAACAUUAAAUAGACAGAUACUGAUAUUCUAAGCAAUAACAUGCAUUCAGUAUUUUAUAGUAGUCAUUAGAAAGGCUGUACUAAUCUGAAACAUUCAGGACAGUUCCUCGAAAAGGCUCUGAUAUUGGUGAGACAAGCAAAUAAUAUUAGGCCUACUGAUGAAUAAUGUAUGAGAAUGCACAACUAUAUCAGAUUGCCAGCACAAAAUGUCUGGGGUAGUUUUCUGAAUUAUAUGGUGGUUUGAUUAUAUAUAUAAAAUUAAUUUACUGUGUUUUAUGUAGAAAUGGAAGGAAGGGAAUGCUUGACAAGAUCUCAGCACAUUUGAAACUGUGGCUAGUUGGUGUUAACUGGAUGGUUAUUUCAACUCCUGGCUAGAGAUUGUCAAAGCUAUCUUAACACUACGAUAUUGUAAAACCAUUGUAAGCUACAUGUAUGACAUCACGACAAUGCAUGCCAUAGCCUACGGCGGUUUUACAAUAUUGUAGUGCUAAUAUAGCUUAAAACAUCUGAGCCACGGUCUACACAGUCAGAGGAAAUUUGCAGAGUAUUACUGAAUAAGCAGUCAGGGAUUUUCUCUGUGCACUUCCUUAUGAACAACACAGUAUAGACCAUAGACCACAGCUUUCGAUAUACAUGUACAAAUCAUGAGGUUUGGAUGGGGAAAACCUCAGCCGGUCCAUAGGAUGGGAUUAAUCCAGCGAGCUCCCAGCCACAGAGUAGAAGUCUGGUUGAUUUAACAACACCACUAGAGCACAUUGAUUCAUAUAUGUACUUUCCUACAGACAGGAUAGCACCUACCAUGGCCUUUGAUAUACUAGUUAUGUGGCACUGAUUGUGAUGGGGAAGAAGCAACAAACGGAGAAUGGGUCUACUGAGGUGGUUCGAUCCUAUGACCCAAGCAACUCUGGCGACAUUUAUUAAAAGUGCAUGGUUAAAACGGUGUGUGGAACGUCUGGUUCCGGAUCGAUCCCCAAUGACAAACAGUGCACACCUUUAAUUUGUGUAACGUGAUGAAUGAGGCUAUGCGGUUUGGAAGUUUACAUAUAUCACCAUAGUAAUGCAGGACAACAAUUAGAUGGGUCAUCCAUCUAACAUAAUAAAUGCAGUUGCUUUACUUGAAAUAUGUUUUUGAACUAUCCCUAACAAAUGUAUACAUAUGUAUAUGAAGUUGUUCUAAUAGCCAAUUCUGGUAGACAUUGUUAUGGUUUCUUCGACUAUGGUAACUUAAACCACAAAUUCAACAUUCACCAGUUUUAAGAAUGAAUGAAUGUAUGUUUAAUGACAACCCAGUACAAAAAUUACAUCCGCUACUGGGUGUAUCAGUAUUACUCAUUAAAAAAGGUUGUCUUCAAUUUAGUCGUCAUAACAAAUGGGUAUCAUUUUUUAAUUUCACAGAAGUGGUUUUGUAAGGGAUUGUGUUAGAAUUUUUAUAACAAAAUAUCAAUAAAAACAAAGUUAAAGUUA